UUUCACACCUCUGGCUACUCCUGAAAGUUUGCGUGCUGGAGCGCCGUUCGAGCAAUUUCACAGGCACCGAUGAGAUUUCAUAGUCAUACCCACACUACCCUGACCAUCUGAACCACUAAGGUCUCGCAUGGAUGGAGUAACACCAACGCUUACUGUAAUUAUAGGCUACAGUAGGCGUUGGACAACAUCUACCCCCAAAUUUCAACCCUUUGGAACCAAACCUGAUGGUUUUGUUUCAAGUCAGCGCUGAGUGUGCAGUUGAAGCGAUACACUAUUGUAAUGCAUAAAUUAAAAGUAAAUCUAAAAAUUUAAAUUCAGAGCUGUUUUUGUUUUUUCAACACAUGAAAUGAGUAGCCUACGCAGCAUAAAUGUGCAGAGGUGCGCUUUUUGGCACUGAUGCGUACUCAAAGAAAACGUGGAGAUACAGCAUUGCGUGAACCAUUAGCAACACACAAUAGGCCUAGAUUUAGAAAGAUUCUAUUUUAUUCUAAGCUGAAUUGUUAUCAAAAUAAUCUAUUAACCAAUUAACCCAAACUAGGCCUAGAUCUAUUUCCCACUGGGUAGGCCUGACUAGAAUUCGAGAAAAACAGCCCAGUAGACUACCAGCGAUCUUUUAAUUCUGAAUUACAGAGUGACUCCGUUAUACAGUUGCUAUGGAAACAAAGAAAAGAAAGGGACGACGCAGGCUACGCCAUUCUGUGCGAGCGUUGCAUGGCAGUGGAGCAGAUACUGCUGCCCACAUCCCCGAGUGCAAGUCCCCGACUGAAGCAGAUCCGGGCCCCUCCCCAUCCGGCCUUGAACAAGGGUCGUCAUCUCACAGCCUGGUCCCCCGUCAGUCCAAGUCACUGUCUCGGUUGUCUGGUCGUCGUAGCCAUUGUCACUCCAGGAGUCCGUCCCCUGCCAGAAUGUUCUGUCAGAGAGAGCAGCAUGAUCUGAAGGUUCUAAACGACAGGCUGUGGUCUCAUGCCGACCACGUACGCCAGUUGCAGGGCGAAAACGCCAGACUGAAGCUACAACUGGAGGCGGCAUAUGAUCUGGUGAGACGUGAGACGCAGAACGUGAGGACUGUGCAAGCGGCGGAGCUCAGACGUGUGCAGGAGAUGCUUGACUCAGCCAACGAGGCGAAAAGUCGUCUUGAGACUGAGCACGAAGAGAUGAACCUACAAAAAAUCGUUCUUGAGGAGAGACUAAACCAAAACGAGGCACAGCUGGUGACCUUGACCGAAAAGCUCAAGCACCCGUUGGACCUGGCAGACGAAUGUAACCGUCUAAAGGCAGAGCUGGAGAGCACUUCCCGAAGUUUUCACGAAAGCCAAGAAGACGUGAAGCGGUUGAGCUCAGAGCUGCUUCAGGAGAAACGGAUAGGCAAAAGGCUGGAGGGGGAAGCUAGGAGCUACAAAGAGGGCUACCUGAAGGAGGUGGAGGCAGUUAACGCAAGGUUCAGUCAGCACGUGCAACAGGCGGACGAAACGCUAGAAGCCAGCUAUGACAACACAGUGGCUGAGGUUCGAAACCAGUACAAGCGAGACCUUGAAGGGCUGAGGGCGGAACUGACGUUCUCAUAUCAGUCUAAACUAGUUGAUCUGAAGGUGACCUGCGAGCACGCCCAAGCCGACGUCAUGUGCCUGAAGAGGGAGCUGAAGACGUUCAGGGCAGACGAUGAAAAGCUCCGGAGCCAGAUCACACAGUUCAAGGCCGACAAAGCGGCUCUCCAGACUCAGGCAGCAGGCGUCCCCAAGGAACGCAGGUGGUUCCCCCGGCUCUCAGGCGGAGACACGAAAGCUUCUACUGAGGCGGAUGGGGCAAAGAGGAAGCUGAGUAGUCUGGCGGAGAGUCUGGUGGGCAGUGUAGAGGAUAGCCAAACCAGGCUCUGGGACAGCAGGGAUCUAUCCACGAAAAGCAAAGUGGACUUUUUCAGAGCGAACGAGUUCAGUCAAGGCAUUGAAAUCCACGAGGUGGACACAGAGGGAAAGUACAUCACUCUUGUCAACUCCACUGAGCAUACCACUGAUCUUUGCCUCUGGACAGUCAAGCAGACAAAUUGUCUUGGGCAAGAGGUGACAUUUAACAUUCCGUCUCAAGUAUUGCUAUCACGGGGCAAACAGCUCACUCUCUGGAGUUCCGGCGCCCAAGAGCCAACCACUGACAACCAAGUUCCUUGUACCGAUGACCAGCAGCAUCCUGAAGCAGACGGCGUUACAUCCCCGGACUCUGGAACCACAGACGCAACCACAACGUCCACUCCGUUGUUACCUGACCUAGUGUCCGAGCUGGACGAUGGAUUUGAAAUGGUGUUAAGCUCGGGCAAGUCGUGGCUUGAGUUACGGCAGACUUUGUCAGUCCGCGUGGAGGAUGGAGACGGACAGCUUCAAGCCAAGUGUGACGUCACGCGGAUAACCGAGGACGAUGACGAGGGGGGGUUCUCCGACGAGACUGGGGUCAGCGCGAAGAAACCGAGGCUGUCGCUGAGCCAGAGUCUCUUCUCCUGGCCGCUGUGCGCACGUCCCUCACUGCAGACUUCAAUGGCGACCACCAAGCUUGAAGUGAACACUACAUCAGACCGGGCAGGCUCGGACGGGUUACCGCAUAAAAACGAGCAAAGGGAUGUCUGUCAGGAGUCAUCAACGUAUUUGUGCUCGAUGACAGCAGUCGACAGGCAGAGGAGAAACAAGAUAAGCUACCCAAAGGAGGAGAUGUGUUAUCAAGACAAAGACGCUUGCAUUGUUAUGUAACAAUAACGUACUCCUUGUUUUUUCAACAUCUAUUCCCCUUUGAGAUGAUAGGACAUGGGUAUGGUAUCCCUCGUUAUGCUGUCGCCUUGCUUCAUUGGAAAAUAUUAACAAAUGUAACCGCAGACUGUUCUUGUGGUAUGUGCCGUGCUUAAAAAGUUUGUUUUCUCUCUGUUUAUAGCUACUUUGGUACGAUGCUCCAGGGAAAAGAUUUUGCUCAUUUUUCGUAAGACGUUUGUUUCAGGUACGGUAAUAUUGAAAUAUGGAAAUGACUGUAAAUGACUCUCCUUGACUUGCAAUUACCGUAGACAUGUCCGUUGACUGGAAUGGGUUAUUGUUGCCUUGUGCAUGAAAUACAGAAGUCUACUACUAAAACAUACAUAAUAUUUUUAUAAAACAUAUCCUUUUUUUUUCAAGGAGUGUGAGUUUUAUACUAGUCUCCAAUGGAAGACGGGUGUGCGUUAGUGUCUGCCUGUAUGUGUUUGAACGCUAAAAUGUAAACUGGCAAACAGACCGACAGAGAGGGUGGUUGGCGGGUACUCUGGUGCGCUUUGCUCCUUCUUUCCUAUCAAACAUCUAUCG